GUUUCAUAAUUUAAGAAAAAUGAGACAUGUCAAAAACGUAACGCGCCAAAAUAAUAUAAGAGAAACAUGAGGGUAUUCUAUCAAUUUAGUAUAACUUAAGGUGGUGAAUGGCAUUAACGGAAUUAAACUUUAAACUCGAGGGCAAAAAUCAAGUGCCUAAUUUUCCAGGCUAUAUUUUUGCACCGAGAGACAAUGGCUUUCUUUCUGCAACCUUUCAGAGAAAAUAAUGGAGCCUGAAACUCCACCCAACAAUGGCGAAAGCUCAAACCCAGAACCGAAACAAGACCUCCCUAACCCUAAUAAUGGUGAAACCGACGAUACCCACGAAACCCAUGAAGACUUUGAUAGCACUUGUUCAACUCCAUACGUCAGUGCUCCUUCAAGCCCAGGCCGUGGACCUGUUAGUGGGUUUUUUUACAGUGCUCCAGCAAGCCCAAUGCACUUCGCCCUCGCCUCAAGCUCACUAUGUCUAGCUCAGUCUUCUUCUUCAUCUUCUUCAUUGGAGAACAAUUCUAUGCCUCUCAGCUUCGAGUUUGAGUUCUCUGCAAGGUUUGCAUCAACUGGGUCUGCAGCAACUGGGUCUUCCAUGAGUUCAGCAGACGAGCUUUUCUUGAACGGUCAGAUCAGGCCAAUGAAGCUCUCAACCCAUUUGGAAAGGCCUCAGGUUUUAGCACCAUUGCUGGAUCUGGAUCCUGAAGCUGAAGAAGAUGCAGCUGAGCUUACAUUUGAGCCAGUGAGAGGCAGAGAUCUAAGACUGCGAGAUAAGUCUCUGCGUAGAAGAGCUAGAUCCAUGUCACCUCUGAAAACCACUUCCUUUGAAUGGUCUGAAAGUGAGAAGCUUGAUGAGAAUGAUGGUUUCUCUAGCAAAGAUAUGAAAGGGGGUGACUUGGAAACUAACAUUAAGAAUCAUGGAGAAGAGGCAUUGUCUUCCUCUGAGACCACUACUCCUUCAGUCUCUGCAUCGUCUUCAAGAUCAUCUUCAGCUGGAAGAAACUCAAAAAGGUGGGUUUUUUUGAAGGAUUUUCUUUACAGAAGUAAAAGUGAAGGAAGGAGCAACAACAAGUUCUGGUCUACUCUAUCAUUUUCGCCUGCAAAAGAAAAGAAAACAAUGAAUCAGCAUAUUCAAGGUUCUGUUUCAAAGGAGAAGAUUUCCAAUCCUUCAAAUGGGGCUUCAGAGACCCAGAAAGGUAAAGGAGGAGGAGGACAGACUUCAAGGAAGAAAGCAGGAAAACCAGCCAAUGGGGUUGGGAAAAGGAGGGUUCCUCCAUCUCCACAUGAGCUCCAUUACACUGCAAACAGAGCUCAGGCUGAGGAGCUGAGGAAGAAAACUUAUUUGCCUUACAGACAAGGUUUGCUUGGGUGCUUAGGAUUUAGUUCAAAGGGUUAUGGUGCUAUGAAUGGGUUUGCUAGAGCUUUGAACCCAGUAUCUUCCAGGUAAAAUCUAUGUUGGGUAUCAAUGGGAACUGUAUAGAUUUUUUUUUUUUUUCCCCUUCUAUUUCUCUUUUUGAACCUUUUUUUUUUUAUUAUUGAAGAUUUUAUGGUCAUCAUCUAUGUAAUUAUUGUUGAAUCUUAGCUUUUCGUUUAAAAGAGUAGCUGUCCCCAAUUGAUGGGCUUGUUGAAUUUAUGGGGGCUUAAAACUUUUUCCCCCAAAUCUGCCUCUUAGAAGAGGUAUAGCAGUGUAUAAUAUUGCUCUUUAUAUCACUGUUAUCAAUUAGUUUAUGAUUUACAAUGGAUCUUCUUUACAUUUGAAAAUUAAUUCUUUCUGGUCUAUGUGAGCCUCCAUUAAAUAUGAAUCUGUUCCUUAUAUGGUGUAUUUGUACAUAAAUAUUUGUCAUGUAAAUUAAUAAGUGGGGCAAUCAUUUUAAAGGGUUUUUUGAUUCUUCUUGUAACCCAGUUCAUAUGACAGAGCAGAAUCCAUUUUUGAGGAUUGAACCAAGCUUUCAUGGUUAAAGGAAAUUAUAGCCCUAAAAUACGUCAGAGUGCUUUAAGCGAAGCUAAAAAAAAAAAAAAAAAAAGAAAAAGAAAAAGAAAAAACGUCACAGUGCAUCAAUAUUGGUACUGAACCAGAUCGCAAUUUUUGCAAUUAUGUCUUGGUCAUGUACCUUUAGCCAUGGAUUAUGAUGAAUAUAUAUAUAUAUAUAUAUAUGCUUGCAACUGGUGCAUGAGAAACCGAUUGGGAUUUGAGAAGGAACGAUGUGACCCCUGUUAGGCUUUUAUUUGUCAUUAUUUGGGAACCAUAAAAACCUACCGUCAAAAGUUAGUAGAUUAGAUCUGAUUUGCAGCUACUAACUAGGCAGUUAUAGAUUGAAUUGUUAAUAGUGUCAUGGUAAAGAGUGACAUUAAAUGAUCUUUUUAGAUGUGACAUAAAGGCGUUUGGAAUCAAUAGACAGAUUUGCGUUCUCCAUUUUUUUUUUUUUUUUUUUUUGGGCUUAACGAGAGAUUUGCAUUCUUCUGCAAUCAAAAUUAUCACAACCUGAUAGUUUUUAAAUCUCUUUCUGGCCUUUUUUCUCUGGGGAUUUUAUCCUUCCUAGUUUUGUUUAUUACUGCUAUUCCAUGAUUAACUUGUUAACAGGGAGGAUAGAAAUUUCUGAUGAAAAAAACAAUUGACGAUCAUAUACUGACAUGGCCUUCCAACUCCAUCAAUCUCGUGGGGACAAUUAAAAUCAGAAUGGAGAAAAAUUGUAGUAAAAUCCCAUCAUGGUCCCCAUCUCCAUUAUUGUUUUUUAUGGGCUUGUAUCUAAAUUUCCAUGUUAUCCCAAGAAUCAAUAUGAUGGUACAAACUCUUUAAGAUGUACAGGUAAGAUAUGUUUGAAAAUUCCAAACACUGUUCUAUCACAUUCAACAUGAACUUGAAAUUGCUUUUUGAAACAUCCAUUUCCCAUGACCAAACGGUCCCAUCUCUAUAUUUAAGUUUUAAACCACAAUAUCAUAUAUCCUACGACUUUCCAUUUGGCCUUCUAUACCAGGAAUAAAAUCUCCAAUUCUAACUUUCUUACUAUUUCUCAAGUUGAAUUAAUGAUAGAGAACUUGAAAGAAAAAUGACAACAUAAAAAGCUUAGAAUUAUAAGAAGAAUCAAACAAAUUGCAUAGAAAAUUAAUACAUAUGGAAAGAAAGCCCUAAUGGAAAGUUUAUGCUACAGUGUUAAAUCCCAUCGCCUACAUUGGGGUCUGUUGGGAUAGUGAAAGCACCCUUUUGUCUAUUUCUAAAUGUUUUUGAAUGAUGGCUCACAUGAAGCUCAUACAAGACCACUGUCCACCCUGCCUUGUGGGCCAAAAGUUUCCACUACUCUCUGAUUGGGAUGUUUCUUUUGGUGAGUGAUCCAUGUAAAAGCCUGCAGAGAAUCCUAUACUACCAUCUUCGGUGCUUUUGCCAAAUUUGUAAACUCUCAACUCCAGAUUUCCCGGGAAACUUCUUUAGCGUCGCAUUGCAGGUUUGGAUCACUUAAAAGGGGCUGUUACUAAUCCAUUUCUUUUGGUUGAAGUGGGUUCGGCGAUAGGCUUAGUGCCAGUUUUUCGCCCUACCAAAAGCUGAGGCCGCUCUGCGUCAAACUACACCCACUGUUGUGCGAGUCUUUGCAAGUAUCUUUAACAGCAUAGGCAAGAGAUUCAUGGGAGAUGGGCGAUUUUAAAAUUUCAAAUGCAUGUCUCCAGACAAAGAGAGAGAUCAAAAUGGACGUCGAUAUUAAAAAAGCGCUUUCAAAUUCGAAAGCUCCUUUGGACAGCAUUAAAUGACCUACCAUCAUCAAAUCCAUCGUAAUGGAUGCUAAUUCAAAGACUCAAUGUAGGUAAAAUUUCAAAUGCAUGUCUCCUCCAGAGAGAGAGAGAGAUCCAAAUGCAUGUCGAUAUUUAAAAAGUGCAUUCAAAUUCAAUAGCUCCUUAGGACAGCAUUUAAUGACCUACCAAAAUCAAAUCCAUCAAAACGGAUGCUAAUUCAAAGACCCAAUGCAAGUAAAAAUGCUUUGUAAAUCGAGAAAAUGCAUGUUCAUUUCUAUAGAAGGGGUCGAACACUAACAGCUCUCAGUUUAUGCCUUGUUACAACAAAAAAAGAGUCCGUAAUAAUAAGAUUUCCCAUUCAAAAUUACUAUGCUAUUGUUAAUUGUAACCAAGCUAACCUCCAUUUCUAUAAUUAUAACUUCCAAGUGCAUAAAAGGGAACAUUAA